AUGUCAACGGAGAACAAAUACUUUCUUGAGCUUGUUUUUACUAAAGAUGCUAAAUAUGUAUUUCCAUUUUCACGUCGUGAGAUAAAUCUUGACCUGGACUCAAUCAUCGAUAAAUAUCAAGCUGCAGUUUCCAUUGGUUUUGGUGCAAUUGAUAUUAUUAUGAGUGAUACAACAAACACUAAUGGGCACAAUAAUUCAUUAUCUCAAGACACUCAAAAUUAUUAUUUGAGAGAAUAUACAUCUCGUGCUUUUACUGUUUCUGGCAACACGAAUGAUACAUUGAAAAUUCUCAUAAGAACAAGAAUAUCAAACUUUGAUGAUAAUGUAGAAGAAAUGAAAUAUGAAGACAUCGUAUCCAUUUCUUCUGAUGAUAUUUAUCAAUUACAUUCACAAUCUCUAAAUAUACCUGAUGAUUCUCAAAUGAGAGACGGAUGGUUAUUGCCAACUGUUGCUUCAACAUCAAUGAUAACGACGGCAAAUAUUAUAAAUACAGCUCAUCCAAUCGUAUCGUCUACUAUUAACGAAGAAGAAGAUGAUUUAUUCGAAACUAUGCACAAAGACCUAUUCGUCAUUAUUGUUAUUACUCGACCGGCUAUUCUACUUUAA